AAAGCAGCACAAAGACACCCCCACUCAGAACCCUGUCGAGCUCAUAAGACUGGUCUGGGACAGUAGCUCAGUAGACAGUUGGGAAAUAUACUGCAUGAAGUGCUGCAGGCAGCUUUGGUUGGGUUGAGGAGGACAGACAUUUGGUUUGGGUUGAGGUGGACUACAGAUUAUGGAGGAGAGGAUGGGGAACUGUUGGAGCUAUACCAAGGAUCAGUUUGAUAACCUGGAGAAGCAUACACAGUCCGGCAUCGAGUUCGUGGAGAGGUACAGUAAAUUCGUCAAAGAGCGAUCGGAGAUCGAAAUCAACUAUGCAAAGCAGAUUAGGAAUCUAUCAAAGAAGUAUCAACCAAAGAAAAACUCAAGAGAGGAGGAGGAGAACAAAUACACAUCAUGCCGGGCCUUCCUGUCGACGCUGAACGAGCUGAACGACUACGCAGGACAGCACGAGGUCAUCGCUGAGAACCUGACCUCUCAGAUCAUCGCUGAACUCUCACGGUACCUCACAGAGCUCAAGGCAGAGAGGAAAUUGCACUUCAAUGAUGGGCGUAAAGCGCAGCAACAGAUUGAGAUCUCGUGGAAACAGCUGGAGUCGAGUAAACGGCGGUUCGAGAGAGACUGUAAAGAGGCGGACAGGGCGCAGCAGUACUUUGAGAGAAUGGACUCCGACAUCAAUGUAACAAAGGCAGACGUGGAGAAGGCGCGGCAGCAGGCUCAGAUGAGACACCAGAUGGCUGCAGACAGUAAGACGGAAUACUCCAACUACCUGACCAAGUUCAACCAGGAGCAGAAUGAACAUUACUACACUCUCAUCCCCAAUAUAUUCCAGAAACUCCAGGAGAUGGAGGAGAGGCGGAUCGAGAGGGUGGGUGUGUCCAUGAAGACAUACGCGGAGGUGGACCGUGAGGUGCUGCCUAUCGUAGGGAAAUGUCUAGACGGAAUGACCAAGGCUGCCGAGUCCAUCGAGCCAAAGACUGACUCUAAGCAGGUAGUGGAGUCGUACAAGUCUGGAUUUGAGCCCCCGGGGGACGUAGAGUUUGAGGACUACGGGCCGGGACAGACCAUGAAGAGGACGGUCUCUGAGACCAGCCUGUCCAACUCACGAGGAGAGGCCAAGGAACGUCCCGGCGGGGGCAAGAGCAAGGGCAAACUGUGGCCUUUCAUUAAGAACAAGAACAAGCUUAUGUCCCUGUUAACGUCCCCGCACCAGCCCCCCCCCGCCCCCCCAGCCUCCAGCCCCCCCUCACCCUGUGCUGUUCCCAACGACCCCCAGUCUCCCAAGCAGAACAAGGAGCCCCUCUCCAACCGCUUCAACGAGUUCAUGGCCUCCAAACCCAAAAUGACCUGCCUCCGGAGCCUGAGGCGAGGGUCUAGACUUCUUUCUCUCAAGCUGAUCACACUCAAUUCCCACGUCCGGAAUCUGAUUGAGGGCUCUGGACCGGAGGACUUCAGCCACUUGCCCCCAGAGCAGAGGAGAAAGAAGCUUCAGGCCAAGAUAGAUGACAUAAAUAAGGACAUCCAGAAAGAGAUGGACCAGAAAGAUGCCCUAACUAAGAUGAAGGGUGUGUAUGAGAAGAAUCCACAGAUGGGAGACCCUGCCAGUGUGGACCCCCGGCUAGCAGAGAUAGCAAUGAACAUCGAGAAACUACAGUCCGAGAUGCAGAAAUUCGAGGGAUGGCUGGCGGAGGUGGAGGGGAGGUUACCGUGGAAGAGUGACCCUUCCAGGAGACAGAGUGGUCUGUACGAGACACAGAACAGCAACAGCACCACGGUCGCCAACAACUGUGCACAGGACAGAGAGAGCAGCCCGGAUGGCAGUUACACAGAGGAGCAGAGUUCAGAGACUCAGGUUAAGGUGGCCAUAGCCAACACUCCAGAGUUUGAUGAUGAGUUUGACGAUGGGGAUGAGGAGACACUGCCCACCAUCGGCACCUGUAAAGCCAUCUACCCAUUUGAAGGUAAUACACCUUUAACAGGUCAUAAUGAGGGGACUAUCUCAGUGACAGAAGGAGAGCUUCUGUAUGUAAUAGAGCAGGAUAAAGGUGACGGCUGGACGAGGGUCCGCAGGAACGAAGAGGAAGAAGGCUACGUUCCCACGUCCUACGUCGAGGUGUUUUUAGAAACAAACGCCAAAGGAAUACAGGAUUGAGAAUGAGCUGUACCACCAUGUUCCCUCUCUCGGUGAUAACAUUGUGAGAACGGACUGUUGUGGGGCUGAUUGGAACGUUGGUGCUUGGUUGGUUGCCAGCUCAUGCAUGGGUUUUGAGUAGCACCCCUGUGCAGAUGAGUCCAUUUGAGAAGCUUGAUCUGUGUUAAAGUAUGGUGUUGCCAAACUGUUUUAUGCCUCUAAAAUAUCCAGGCAUUUAUCUUUUGAAGAUUACUGAAUUGUGCAAACAGGCCCAAAAGGUCUUUUGGAUGAGACUCCAACUUUGUCAAAUGUCAAAAAGCUCAACAAAUAUGCCUUCACAACCCUUUCUCCUCAAGCGGUAAAGUAAUCCCGUUUCUGUCAGUGCUAAUAACACAACAUUAUCCCCCCAAACCGGGGUCCAAAUUAAAUGUGAGGCAUGUUCAGUUUGUAGUCAUUUUAUGUUUUACAUAACAUGUUUUGGUGCAUGUUUGACAUUGUUACAAGCGUAAGUGUCUCUUGGUUUUUGGAAAUGAUAGAUUCACACACAAGACUGACAUUUAGAAACAGUAGCCGAAUCAAAAGAUUCGAUUUUGAAGGUACAGCAACUGAUAUUAAAGCCAGAGAGAAGGAGCUUCAUGGGUUCUCUGGAUUAGAUAGUUAUCUGACUACAGAACAAUAUUAUUUCCUUCAAAGACGAAUGCAAAGAAUAGUUGGCAUUUUCCAACUCUCACUUAGUAUGUGAACUACAUUUUCUUUCCCUGAGAUUCUCUAACGUGUUAUUUAGUUAUUAUUUUUAUUUUUUAUUGCAGAUUCCUAAAAGUGUGAGAGGCUGGCUCAGGAAUAGCAGGGCAAGCAGCCUCGGAGACAGAGCGACCACGUUCACGUUCCUUUACGGUCAGAAAGUCAAAAAGAGAGAGCGACAUGACCGAGGCAAAGACAGGAGACCUAUGAUGCAUCUCAAUUUCCAACCCGAUACAUUUGUAGAGUUCUCUCCUUCUGCACCGGUCUCUGACCAGAAGCAACAAUAAGAGAAAAACAAACCAAAUUGAGAGCCCGUAAAUCUUUUAUUUUUUGAUAGGUUAUUACCCAUUUAUCAUUUAGCUUCUUUUGUCUCUGCAAAGCUUUGCUUCUCGAUGUACUAACUCAGCUUCCGCUAUGCGGCUUUACCAUGGCAGCUGUUGGCUCGCUCACCUCGAAUGCCCCCCACGCCCCGAGUCCCAACCCGCUCCCCUGCCACUCCUCCCCAACCCCCACUCCUAAAGCACGGCAGGGUGUGGUCAGAGACCGGGCCGGGACCAGCUUCGAAGCAACACAAUCUGCCCCCGACUACACCCCACACACACCAUCCCACCAGACAGGAGAGCAGGACAGGAAGCCAACCAUGUCCCUCUCCAGUCCGCACUCCCAUCCAAAUCAAUCAGGUGGAUGCAGUUGCAGAAUCUUUCACACACUCAUUGACUCAGAGCCAUCAUCGUCCAGAUCCAGCAUCACAUGGAGUUUCCAUGGAAACAACAUAUUCAUUCCACUCUCUGACUCCAUAUUUUGCAGGUUUCAAACGGACUGAAAAACAGAACAUGGGCCGAUUGGUCAUCUGUAUGAGUGAGGUUCAUUUAUAAUGUAAAUCCCCCAUACACCCUCCAUCCCUGACUGGGACAGGACUGGGAGUUCCAGGACCGAGAGAGGUUGGGGACAGGUUCACUUUACUUCAUUACUUCACUCACCUGCACUCUCUCUCUCUCCCUACCAUACCAUCAUGUGUUGUUACUGGCAUCCCAUCUGUUCCUCUCUGGCCACACCCCUCCCCUCCACAGACCCAUCCCCCGCAGGUGUCAGCCGCUGGUCAUUGACUGUGUUGAGCGCCAUGUCACAGCUUAGGGUGGGGCAUCUCUCAGGCGGUGCGUGCGGUGUGCAUGCUUGCCCUGUCUCCUCCUUGGCUCGCCCCCUCCCGCUUGGCUCAGGGGGCUGGCUUAUGCCCCUGUCGCCUGGCCUUUUUUGUUUCAGUUAACCCCCAUGGCCUGUUACACUUCUUAACCAGUUAGUUUAUUUGUCACCUUUUGGGUUCUGUGCCUGUGGAUCAUCUACUAGCUGUUCCUUAUUUUGUUGCUGUUUGACUGUUCGUCGUCUCUGAAAGCAUGUUCACCUACCUGUGUUUAUAACAGUGAGUGUAUCCCUCAGAGUAACUCCUCCAGCUCAAAUCUCAUUACCGGAAGAGAAGAAAAUGUGGGAUUCCAAAACGUCUGUUUCUGAAUGAUAUCAUGCAUACAGUAAAACAUUUCAUUUGUCCAUUUGUUAUAAUAUAUGUAUGUAUGUAAUGUUGUUGGCUGACAUUGUACGUGUUUGAAAAGUGUGUUGAAGGCAAGCGGUCGUUAGCUUCCACUAGCCUCAUCCUGUGGAUACAUGCUGCGGUGUUUCACGUCUCCACUGUAUAUCCAACAGACAGACAGUGUCCCCCGGAAGAGAACUUGAAGAUGAUUUUAAAAUGUUCAUGUAAUUUGCAUGGGCCACUUACUACUGAAUGUGGAAGUAUUGUAUACUGUGAUCCACACACCUUCUCCACAAUGAUGUGACUGAAUAUGAAACGAGACAGACUUCCUAUUGGGCCUUAACUGGGUUGAUCCUAGCUACCACUUAAUCUAAAAACAAGUUCAAGUUUUAUUGUCACAUGCACAAGUACAGUGAAAUGCUUAACUUGCAUGCUCUACCCAACAGUGCAGUAAUCAGGGGGAGUAAGAUACCAUUCUAUUAUCUGUGGUAUGUUGAAUAGGUCGAGACGUCUCGUUUUUUUAUAAAGGUGGUGAAGGUAAAUUACUCACAAUGUCUACAGAGAUGAUGAUGAUGUCCACUGUUUCCCUUUCUUGAAUGCACAUAACAUUUUAAUUUUGUAAUGAUUUUUUAACAGUGUUCGGUCGAAGAGAUUGGAGCUUUUUAAUUUGUAGCUAGUUUCUAGCUAGAAAACUGUUGCACCUGAAUUACAAACCACUUGAUGAUGAAACCAGUUGUUUGAUCUGCCUGAAGUCACUGAAGAUAAAGUAAUGAAAAACACAAAUAUUGUUUUGUGUAAUGAAGCAAUUAGUGAUGUCAUUAGCCUCCGGUGUGUCCCAAAUGGCACCCUAUUCCCUAUAUAGUGCACUACUUUUGAUCAGGCUCUGGUCAAAAUUUCACUAUGUAGGGAAUAGGGUGCCAUUUGGGACUCUGCCUUAGGAGUGUUUUGAAACUUUUUUUUAUUCCAGUAUUAUUACUCAAGCAACAUUUCAAAGAGCAGCAACUGAAAUUGUAUCAAUGCAAACCAUGUAUAUUAUCACCAGAACCACAAAUGAACAGUGAUCCAUCACCAUGUGGAGUCCCAGUUACUUGACAUAAUAUAAAAGACAAGCAGCGCAAAUCUGUAUGUUUUGUGGCCGAGAACCAGAUCAGGUCAAAGUUUCAUUUUGCUAUUCCCAUCCGCCCAGCUCUUAUUUUGACUAGUGUAGAUAUUGACUUGGCAGUUGUUUUGUUUGUUUGUGAGAAGUGAGAAGGCAAAACAGAUUUUCAUGCAGACCAUCAGAAGGUGCAUCUCUGUACUGACAGACAGACAGACAGACAGACAGACAGACAGAGACACAGACA